AUGAGUUUUGAACAGCCCUUUUUUGGAACAGUGCAGAUGAAAGCAGCAGCAGCAGCAAUUGUGCCGCCUUUUCAUUUUGAAUUCAAAAACUUCUGUUGUGUUAGUGUUUGUGCAUCUUCUUUUUUUGAGUGUGUAUGCUUAAAAAUGGGAGAAACGAAGGAAUUGUUUCAUUUCUACGGAAACCAGAAUAUGCAGCAGUGGUUGAAAGAAGUGUUUCGAAAAGAAAAUAUCCCAUCCUUUGAUGAAACUCCUGAAUUCAUUGAAGCUUUAAAAAAAGUUAUGAAUGAAAAUGAGGUUGCAGAAAAUGAUGCAAAGGCAAUAAUUAAAGCUAAAGAAAAUAUGAGAGAUUUUUACAAUGCAAAAAUUCAUUUCUUUACAGUUGAGGAAUUACAGCUGGUUACUGAUUUUAUUCAAUUAAAUUCUGAAACGUAUGGAAGAGUUCAAAGAUUAGCUUCUAUGGCUGAAAAAAUGAAACUAAAAGAGCCUAGCCCUUCUAAUUUCCUUUUAGCUAUGACUGAAAUUGAAGAUAAAGAAUUUAUAAAGGCAGAAAAAGAGUUUAUUUCUAGUCAUUAUAUGUCGAUUUUCAGCCACAAGGUAAAAAAUACCAUAAAGAUGAAUGAGAAACUGAGAAGAUAUUUGAAGUCAUUAACCAAAAUUGUUGAAAUGCAGAAAUCUCACUACUCUGAAAUUAUGAAAGGUAUGGCAUAUUUUGAUGGAAAGAAAGGCAAUUUGGAAGAAAUGAUUAAGAAGAGCCAAGAAAGAUUGCAUGAAGCUAAUUAUUGGCAAAUUGAAGGAAUUCGUCAUUCAGUUUUGGUUGAAAAGGCAAAAAAACUUAAAGAUAUGGAAGAACGUCUAAAAACUUUGGAAAAUAAGUGUGAAGCAUAUCAUUCAUUGAAACCUAGUUUGAAAGCUACAAAUCUUGCAAUCGAGGAGAAAGAAAAAGAACUGCUAAAAUUAGAAGAAGACUUCCAGAAGUUGUUGCAAGUUUUUGAAAAUUCAUAGCUAUUUUUCUGAAAGAUUAAAUCUUUUUUAAAUGGAAAAGACUGUACAUAAGCAUUUGUUUUCUAUUAAAAGUGAAUAUUCCUGCAA